AUGCCUUCCAGGGUCAGUAAGACCGCGACUGCGGAGUCAAAGUCGAAAAAGACGACGACUGCUGCCGGGAAGAAGACGACAGCCAAGGCGGCCACAGCCAAAACCUCCAAGACCGCGACCAAGAAGGCCGAGCCUGCAACUCAGAAGCAGACCGCGAAAGAAACCACCACCAGCACAGCUGCAGCUGCAGCUGCAUCCAAGAAGCGCAAGGCCGAAUACGAGCCUUCCGACACCCCAGAAGAAGAUGUCCCCAAGGUCAAGAAGUCCAGGACCGCCACGGCUCCGAAGAAGGCAGUGGCCAAGGCCGUUCCCAAGAAGGCGACCGGCGCUGCCAAACGCCAGGCAACGGUCGAGCCUGCCGAGACAAAGGUGAACGAGAGGAAGAAGAGGGCUGCCACCCCCGCGGAGAAGAAACCCGCCAAGGCUCCCAAGGUCCCCAAGAAGACCCCCGGGCCGAAGGAGCCCGAACCCAAACCGCACCCCCAUCAGGUCGGUCCCAAGAUCAAUGACGCACCCGCCACCAUCCUCGACGUCUACGUCUUCGGUGAAGGCUCUUCCGGUGAGCUGGGCCUGGGCAGCCAGAGGAUCGAUGGCAAGAAGCCCGUCGACGUAAAGCGACCGCGCCUUAACCCCAACCUCUCCGCCGCGUCCGUCGGUGUCGUUCAGGUCGCCUGCGGCGGUAUGCACGUCGCGGUCCUUACCAAAGAUAACACCAUCAUCACUUGGGGUGUCAAUGACCAGGGUGCCCUUGGCCGCGAUACCAAGUGGGAUGGAGGUCUUCGCGACCUGGACCAGGCUAGCGACUCGGGUUCGGACGAUGACGAUGACGAUGAUGACUCUGGCCUCAAUCCCCUCGAGAGCACGCCGACUGCCGUCUCGGCUGAGCAUUUCGCCCCGGAUGCCAAGUUUGUCCAGCUCGUGGCGAGCGACAGCGCCACCUUUGCCCUGACUGAGGAUGGACGCGUCUACGGCUGGGGCACUUUCCGCUCUAGCGACGGUAUCCUCGGCUUCAGCCCAACCAUCAAAGUUCAAUAUACCCCGCAUUUCAUGCCAGACCUCAAGAACAUCAAGACCCUCGCGUCGGGAUCCAACCACGUCCUCGCCCUCGACACCAAGGGCAACAUCUUCGCCUGGGGCUGCGGCCAGCAGAACCAGCUCGGUCGACGCAUCAUCGAGCGCAAGAAGUUGACCUCGCUCAUCCCCCAGAGCAUAGGUCUCGCGAAAAAGAGCAUCGAGAAGAUCGCCUGCGGGCAGUACCACAGCUUCGCCAUUGACACCGGCGGCAAGGUCUGGGCCUGGGGUCUCAACAACUUCGCCGAGACCGGCAUCCGCGACGGUGCCGGCGAGGAUGACGCCAUAAUUCUGCGCCCUACCGUCGUCGAGGCCCUCUCGGACCACAAGAUCAUCGACAUUGACGGUGGUCAGCAUCACUCGCUCGCCUGUUCCCAGGACGGCACGCUUCUCACCUGGGGCCGCUUUGACGGCCACCAAGUUGGCCUCUCCGAGAAGGAGGUUGACGACGAUGACCUCAUUCGGGAUGACAAUAAUACCGCUCGUAUCUUGGCCGUCCCCACGGUCGUCAAGGCCGUUCAAAACGUCUCUCGGGUUGCCGCAGGCACCGACAACAAUUUCGCCGUUACCUCGGACGGCAAGGCCUACUCCUGGGGCUUCUCUAUCAACUACCAGACCGGCCAGGGCACCAUCGACGACAUUAAGGUGCCCACUCUGAUCGACAACACCGCCAUUCGCGGCAAGAAGAUCGUUGCCGCCGGCGCAGGCGGCCAGUUCUCUCUCCUAGUUGGCGAGGCUAAUGCCAGCCUGACGAACGGCGUCAACGGUCACUAA